AGCAGCAAAGACGUACUCAACCAAGGGCAAGUAUCACAAGUUCACAACGAGCAUAAAAGUCAACUAGAACUGGUCAACACUGCGAGAUCGAUAAAUUACCUACGAAUUUGCGAGGCACUAAUCCAGAUCCAGGUCAUUUGGGAAAGCUGGUCAACUCUUGCCCGAACGCAAUUAGGAGGCGAAUUCGGGUCGAUUAAGUUGGUCGAAACCUUCACUAUAUAUAUCCAAAUCGAGGAGAGAUGAAGGUUGCGAGAGUGCCUUGAGCUUUCUUCAAAAGUUCAAACCAGGGGAAUUGGAUACUGUCCUUUUGAGUUCUCCUUGUUUGGGUUCCAUGGCUAAUCUUGUGGCGAUGAACAUAAAGAGGAAGGAUGCAGAGGUGGCCAGCCAUGGAUUCACCAUCUCCCUUGAUCCCAAGAGGAUCAAACUACAGGAUGCGGUUGAGAUUCCUGAAAUGAUGGAAGAAGAGAAACCACUUGCAGAUUCAGAUGCUGGAGCUCCACCAGCUAAUGUGCAUCCAACCAUACCCAUGCCAUCACACUCACUGUCGACGCCAACUCACCUCCAAGAGGCAGCUGCCCAUGACAGCACCUUGAGCACAGAAUCUGGGAGCCAAUCCUCAGAACCACCACCAUUCAGCGCAGACCAGGCGGCGCCGAUGGAUGUCGAGGACGAUGUCCAGCAGCCGCAGCCGGGCAACCAUCCUCAGUUCUGGUCAGGUUUCUUCUGAUAACUGGCACCCCCAAAUCAUGCAACAAGCGCUGCUGCUGUUCAAUUGAGUUCAUGCUUCAUUACCGGCUAGAUGUGGACAUGUUAAUGCCUUAAUGGGUUACAUUUGGUGAUGCAGUAUGCCAGUAUGUAGCUAUCUGACGAUGUACGUGCUAUUUGCGAUGUAUGCCAAGUCUUCAGUUCGUCAUGGCAUGCUGUUUCUCUAUUAGGGUAAUCGUGUAAGCAUAUGAUGGUUGGUAGUAGUUUUAGCCCUGACCAGGAACCUUCUGAAGGCUCCGUUGUGUUUUUUAAUUAAGGAAAAAUUCUAGUUUAGGUUUUUCUUGAAUACGCAGGAGUGCAUUAAGAAAG